GACAAUUUUGACAUAAAUACGUGACUACAGCAAGACUACAGUGAAACAGUGAUGCUAUGCUGAACUUUGCCGUGUUCUUUAUUAAAUUCAACUUAAUCUGAAUUUGUUUAUAUUCUAUUUAGUAAUAAUACUAAGAACAUUAUUUAAAAUAAGGAAAACUGUGCUCUCCGUACCUGUACCAGUGCUACAAAAAGCGUUGAGUUAUUGCAAUGAGUUCAAGACAUCGUGAACGCGAUAGAAGUCGUUCUAGAUCUCGUGACCGCGAAAGGGAUAGGCAUAAGGAACGAGACCGCGAAAAGACCAGAGACCGUGACCGCGAUAAGGAUCGCGAGCGAGACCGGGACAGGGACCGCGAUCGCGACCGUGAUCGCGAUAGGGACAGGGACCGCGACCGGGACCGUCAUCGCUCCAAGAGGGACAAGGAGCGCGAUCGCAGCCGGAGCCGCGACCGCCACAAAGACAAGCGCCGGAGCCGCACUCGCUCGCGCACCCGGAGCCGCAGUCGCAGCCGGAAGUCUAAAGAUAGAGAUGGGACAAUAGCCCUGCUGGACCAGAUGGUGGGCACCACAACCAAGGCGACAGCGCGGCAGGUGACCAGUAACGGCGCCAUCAACCCCGCCACGCAGGCUGCCAUCCUCGCCGCCGCAGCCGUCGCACAGACGUUUGUGGCGCAGCGUCGCAUGGCGGCGCCCGUGCAGCCCGCCGCCGCCGCCGCCGCCGCGCUGUCGGCCGCCACGGCCAUCCCGCCGCCCACCUCCGUGCAGCAGAAGCUGGAGCUGCUGCAGGCGCGCGCCGACAGCCGCUACCGCCCCGAGCGGCCCGAGCGCCACGACUACCACCCCGACGACGACCAGGACGACGGGCUCGGCCCCGCCGGCGAGACGGCGGCCGAGCGGCGCGCGCGGCGUAGGCGCACGCGCUGGAUGGGCUCGGAGCACGACAAGACGUUCAUCCCCGGCCUGCCCACCGUGCUGCCAUCCACGCUGACGCGCGAGCAGGAGGAGCAGUACUUGCUGCAGCUGCAGAUCGAGGAGGUGUCGCGCAAGCUGCGCUCCGGGGACCUCGGCAUCCCCGCCAACGUCGACGAGAGGUCCCCGUCGCCGGAGCCCAUCUACUCCACGGACGGGAAGCGCCUCAACACGCGCGAGUACAGGACGCGCCGCAAGUUGGAGGAGGAACGACAUCGACUCGUCACCCGCAUGCAUCAGAUCAAUCCUGACUUCAAGCCGCCGCCCGACUACAAGCCGCCCAUCAUCCGCGUGCACGAUAAGGUGAUGAUCCCGCAGGAGGAGCACCCCGACAUCAACUUCGUGGGACUUCUCAUCGGACCGCGCGGCAACACGCUCAAAGCCAUGGAGAAGGAGACUGGAGCCAAGAUAAUAAUUCGCGGCAAGGGCUCCGUGAAGGAGGGCAAAGUGGGUCGCAAGGACGGACAGCCCCUGCCGGGCGAGGACGAGCCGCUGCACGCCUACAUCACCGCCACUAACGCUGACUGCGUCAAGAAGGCCGUCGAGAAGAUCAAAGAGGUGAUCCGUCAAGGCGUGGAGGUCCCGGAGGGCCAGAACGACCUCCGCCGCAUGCAGCUGCGGGAACUGGCGCAGCUCAACGGCACGCUGCGGGAGAACGACGCCGUGCGCUGCGCCAACUGCUCCGCCACCGACCACAAGACGUGGCUCUGCCCGGACAAGCCCAACGUCACCAACAGCAUCGUGUGCUCCUCGUGCGGCGGAGCCGGACAUAUUGCACGAGACUGUCGAGCCAAGCGACCCGGCCAGGGCACGCUGCACUCCACCUCCAACAAGGCCAAGAUAGACGAGGAGUACCUGUCGCUGAUGGCGGAGCUGGGCGAGGCGGCGCCGGGCGGGCCGGGCGGCGCGGGCGGCGCGGCGCGCCAGAGACCUCAGCCUCAUGAUAUUCAUAUAGAUUACGAUAGUAACCCUAUACAUGAGGUAGAAUCAGCGCAAUUCUUAGGCCUAUCUAUCGAUAGGCAGUUGAAUUGGAAGGCGCAUAUAGAAAAAUUAUGCAAAAAGGUGAGCAGUUCUGCAUACGCUAUGUGCAGAUUGGCUCCAGUAGUUAGCAUCGAUACUUCACUCACGGCCUACCUCGGUCUUGUUGACUCUGUCUUACGCUGUAUAUUUGCAGUAUUAGUCCUUACAUCAGGGAAUACCUUAUUGACGUCCUGGUGUAUUACAGGAGCGGGCGCGGGGGCGCAGCCUCCAGUGCCGGGCGCUCCGCCCCCGCCGGGCGCCGCGCCGCUGCCCGCCUAUCCGCCGCCGCCGCCGCCGCCGCACCAGGGUGACGGCAAGAUGGGCCCGCCGCCGGCAGUGCCCGGGCCGCACAUGCCGCCUCCGCCGCCGGGCAUGCUGGGGCUGUGGCGCGGCGCGUACAACCCGCCGCCGUGGGGCGCGCCGCCGCCGCCCGCCUUCCUGGCGCCGCCGCCGCCGCCGCCGCCCGCCUCGCAGGACUAGCUCAUACUGUUUACCACGAUUAAAUGAAAUUAUCGAAUGCCAUCGUUUCUCUUACCCUGUACUUACAGCUCGUAAACUUUUACUUGGCCUGUUGCCAUUAGACUUGAAGCGUGAACUAUAAAAGUACUGUUACGCGUGCUCAAGCAUAAUAUUCUAUUGCAUAUAAGCAUUCUAUUAAGACAAGACUGCCAAUAAAAAAACUGUUGAAAGUGAAUUCUCCCUCCUCCGCUGACGCCGGUCGCCGGUGACCCCCGUGGCGUUUAACGUGCUAAUGCAUGUUUUCAGCACGCUCAGACUCCUUUCAAAGACGACUAAGUUAAAAAGUUCUAUGGAGAUUGGCAUUGACAACUAAACUCAUUCGUAUUAUUUAAGUAGUCAGUAUAAAAUAUAAAUAUCUGUAGUGA